UCUCAAAGGCCAAUAUAUUAAGCGGGUUUGCAGCUGCUGGUCUCAUUCCAUUCAAACCAGAGAGGGUGCUUUCAAAACUCCACAUCAGGAUGAAGACACCAACACCACCAUCUUCUCCAAGCAGCAAUCAAUCCUUCUAUUUAGGGAUGACACCAGCCAAUCUUUACCAGUUAAAUCAGCAGAGAAAGCAGAUCCAAGACCUUCAAAACCAGUCUCUAUCUUCAGUCGUUUCAGAGCAGAUGCUUGAAAAGUUUAUGAAGAGCACAGAAGUUGCAAUGCAGGAUGCUAUUCUAUUAAGACAAGAACUUCAUCACCUUUAUCCAAGAUGGGGGGAGCUUGACUGGCUCUGAAGGUCAGAAAAGAUUGAUUGAGAGGGAGGCCAUACAAGA